UGUUACGGUUUUAUAUAUUACUUGACACACAUAAACUAGCAACGAGGCACGUGCUUUGCAGGUCAAGAGGGCACAGUUACUCUCGUUAAUUCUUUAUAUUUUGAAAUCUAACAUUCUUUGGUCGGAUUGUAUUAGAUGGCAGGUGCAAUUUGGAAGGCCGUGGAUAAGAUGCUGCAAAUCAUUGUGAACAUCAUUGCGAAGGUUAUAUCCGAAGUGGCAAGACUGCUUGGCAAGUUUAAAGAGAAGGUAGAGGACAUAGCGGUUGAAAGGGCUGCAGAUGUAUCGGUGGAUACGGGGACAAGUUACUUGGGUUGGAGAUCAGACAUGCAAUUGCUGGCUAGGAAUUUGAAGGCGUUGAGCAGCAGAGCAUCUGACUUAGAGGAGACAGUGGAAAGAGCUGAGCUAUCAGGACGACAGAAGAGGAAAUCAGAGGUGAAGAAUUGGUUGGAGGAUGUUGGAAAAUUAGAGAAUGAUUUCAUUGCAUUGCAGAGAAGGGUACAACAGGAGAAGUUUUGGAAACUUUUCUUGGUUGGAGGCCAUGUGAGAAAGAUGCAAGAUCAGGUGGUCCAAUUUACUGAGCAAAGCCGGCAUUUUGACGGGCUUUUGCUGGAAAAUCAGCAGAAUUUGGAGAACCACAGUUGAUGAUAAAAUUGAUUAGACAGCAUUAUUAGGAUGGGAUUGAUCUCCUUCGGGAUCUUUUUUUCUCCCUUUUUUUAAAUUUUUUUAUUACUCUGUAUUCUGUAAGACUCUAAGUGGUUGAGCCAGAGGGAAGAGAAUUAAAAAUAAAAUUGAGGUGAAAUCUAAGGCCUGAGAUUGAA